UCUCGGCCCCGAAACCCAAAACCUUCACCUCUUCACUCUCUCUUUCUUUAUAUACCUUCUCGAACGAAGUCUCAUCUUCGUCACCGUCCAAGCAUGGCCGGAGCUAGUGCCGGCGUCUGCCCGGCGUUGCCAGUGACCUCACCGUCGCUUCUCCUCCUUCUAAUCCUCUGUUAUCUAUCUAUGGUCACUCCGGCCAAAGCUUGGCGGCCAUGGCCGCACCUCGGCUCAAACUCUAGCUCGAGUUUGGGCGAAUCGAAGAAGUACGAGGGGUCAUCGGAGUUCGUGCAGCUGAGGUACCACAUGGGGCCAGUGCUGACGGCGAACAUCACCGUCCACCCAAUCUGGUACGGCCAGUGGACUCCGGCGCAGAAGCGGAUCAUCAGGGCCUUUCUAAGAUCCAUCUCGCCCGUCGGCGACACGACGGUGCGUUGGCCAUCAGUGGAGGGAUGGUGGCGCACGGUGGCAAUGUACACGGACCAGACCGGAGACAAUGUGAGCCGCACUGUCCGGCUCGGCGCCGAGAAGAACGAUCGCCAUUACUCCCAUGGCCGAUCUACCCGCCUCUCCAUUCAACACGUCAUUCGGUCCGCCGUCACGGCGAAAACUCGGCCGUUGCCGGUGAACCCUAGGGGAGGGCUUUAUCUCCUCCUCACUUCCGCCGAAGUCGCCGUCGAGGAUUUUUGUGGCCAGGUUUGCGGAUUCCACUACUUCACAUUCCCAUCGAUCGUGGGAUACACGCUACCCUACGCGUGGGUUGGGAACGCAGAGCGGCAAUGCCCCGGCGUGUGCUCGUGGCCAUUUGCUGUGCCGGAAGGCUACGGCGGACCACGUGCCGGAGCGCCACCGAACGGGGAGGUGGGAGUGGAUGCGAUGGUGAGCGUUAUCGCGCACGAGGUGGCGGAGUUGGCAUCGAAUCCACUCGUCAACGCUUGGUACGCCGGGGCGGACCCUUGUUUUCCGACGGAGAUUGCGGAUCUCUGUGAGGGCAUCUACGGCACCGGCGGCGGCGGCUCGUACACCGGGCAACUCACCGUCGAUGAGCGCGACGGCGCAGCGUAUAAUUUGAAUGGAGUUGGAGGAAGGAGGUUCUUGGUGCAGUGGGUUUGGCACCCGGAGCUUAAUUAUUGUUAUGGGCCUAAUGCUUUGGAUUAAAGAGAGAUUAGUGAUAGGUAUAUGUUUUUACAUAAUUUUAUUAUUAGGAAAAAUAGUGGAAAAUGGUUUUUUUUUUCUUUUAAUUUUGGAGUUUUAUGAUGGUUUAUGUAAGGAGGGGAGGGUAGUGCAAGGAUAAUAAUAAACAUGAAGUUGCAGAUUGAGAUCUGUAUUUGAGGGGUGUUUGGUAUGGUUGUACAUAUGAAGUGUUUCAAUUUUUAAUGGAGUGUUUUUGUUUAUGA